AUGGCCUCCUACACUUGCAUCAGCUGCCGAGUGGCUUUUUCAGAUGGCGAAGUGCAGCGAACACACUACAAAACCGACUGGCACCGCUACAACCUAAAGCGCAAGGUGGCCGACAUGCCCCCUGUCACUGCUGAAAACUUCCAGGAGCGCGUCCUGGCACAGAGGGCUGCUGCCGAACAACAUCUGAAUGACUCAUCGGUCACAGAGGGCUGUGCCGUCUGCAGCAAGAAGUUCGCCAGCGCCAACGCCUACCAGAACCACCUGCAGUCUCACAAACACCAACAGGCCGAGAAGCAGGCGCUGCUAGCCGCCCAGAAGGAAGUGGAGAGGAUGAAUGAAAAGAACCUGGAGAAGGGACUUGGUGACGAGAAGGUGGAUCACGACGCCAGGAACGAGGCCCUGCAGCAAGCUCUGAAAGAGCAGCAGAGGUCGAGCCUGCCCAAGCAGGGGAAGGCCCAGAUGUCACAAGGAGCGACAAAGGAGAAGACAGAGAGGCCGGACAUACCUCCCCGUGUGAUGUGGCUGGAGGAGCAAGCCAAGAGGCGAGAGAGAGAAGAGGGAGCCACAGCUGAGGGAGAAGAUUGGGAGGACAUUGAGGAGGAGGAGGAAGAAGAAGAUGAGAUGGAGGAGCAUGAAGAGGAAAUGAUGGAUCAGGAGGUAGGAGACCCUGCGGCUCUGUCUGACCCCCACCCCGCUGGUUUGCCAGGCUCCAUCCCCACCACCGACUGCCUGUUCUGCUCCCAUCACUCGAAGUCACUCUUGAAGAAUGUCGCCCACAUGACCAAAGUCCACAGCUUUUUCAUCCCUGAUGUGGAGUUCCUUGUCGACCUCAGGGGCCUGAUCCGUUACCUCGGAGAAAAGGUUGGUGCUGGGAACGUGUGUCUGUGGUGUAAUGAGAAGGGGCGCUCGUUUUAUUCAGCUGAAGCAGUACAGAGUCACAUGACAGACAAAAGCCACUGUAAGCUCUUCACAGACGGCGAUGCUGCCCUGGAGUUUGCCGACUUCUAUGACUUCAGGAGCAGCUACCCUGACGGUAAGGAGGGCGAGGAUUCUGAAAUGAUCGAAGAUCUGCCCGACGACAAGAACCUGGAGUACGACGACGAGACGCUGGAGCUGACUCUGCCUUCAGGUGCCAAAAUCGGCCACCGCUCCCUCAUGAGGUACUACAAACAGCGAUUUGGAGCUCAGCGAGCAGUGGUUCUCACCCACAAUAAGAACGCUGUUGGCCGAGUCCUCCGGCAGUACAAAGCGCUGGGCUGGGGAGGAGAUGGAGGCAACGGCUCGUUCCAUCGGACCCAGAGAGACAUGCAGUACGUACAGAUGAUGAAGUCAAAAUGGAUGCUGAAGAUGGGCAUGAAUCACAACACCACCAAGCAGAAGCACUUCAGAAUCCAAAUCAUGUUCUAAACCGUCAGCGGGGAAACAGGUCGUGGUGCGAGACCGUGGACCGGUCGCAUCUCUGCUUUUUUCCAGGCAACAAGACUCGGAGCGCAGAAUCGAGCACAGCUGCAGAACCAUCAAACCUUCAGAUCGCCCGAAAUCAGUCCUGAUCUAAUGUGUUAUGUUGACUUGAGGUUUGACAACUGCAGCAAAAACUUGAAUGGGCAUAACUUUGUAGAAUUCUCACACAAAGUGAAAUUACCUUUUUUAAUCUCUCAUGUUCUCUCACGGAGCGGAAAGUGUAGGUCCACAGGAAAUCUGCUUGAAAUGAACUUGUGAUUGAACUAGCAGGGGAAACAUCUCAUCAACUGCUCAAACAACCGUUUGUGUGGCGAUCAAACGCACAAGGCACAGAUGACUUAGGAUCUCUAUGGAUCAUGUAUAACUGCUGCAGUUUGUCAGUUUGACCUUUUGUUAGACCAAUGACGGAUCUUUAUGAUUCAGUAUACUCAUAUUACGCAUCCAACUAAAUAAAAGUUUCAUAUUUA